AUGAUUAGAUCAAAGAUGCAGCACACUGAAGUUAAAAACAAGGAUCAUAAUUAUAGUGAAGUAAAGUUAGAUAAUAUUAAACAUACUGGUAGUAAUAUUCAAAAUGUAUAUGAUAAUGAUGUUAAAACAAUAUGUAAAUCAAACAAAUCUGGAUUAAUAUCAAACAAAGAAAUAUUUGGACAGAUUAAAGAUAUUAAUGAAUUAAAAAAAAUAACACCACGUGUAAAAUUAUUAACUCAUGAUGCAAAUAGUUUAAAUGAAUUAACUAAAAUUUCUUUACACAAUAAAAUAUAUGCACAAAAAAAGUUAUCAAUAUUGGAGCAAACAAAGCAAGAAUUAAAAAAGUAUUGUAGGACUUGUGCUGGUUUAAAACUUCCAUUAGUUGAUAUUUUUAGUGAAAAAGGUAAUCAAAUGAGAUUAAGUCAACAAAUUAAACAUUUGGAAGAAAUAAAUCCAUAUGAUAGUUUAUCAACUCAAAUGUGUAUGGACUGUAUUUGUGACUUAAAAAUGAGUUAUAAAUUUUUUAUGCAAAUUAAGAAAGCCGAAGUUAAACUAAAAUCUAUUCAUAUAACUCUGACUGAUACAUUGACAAGAAAUAUAGAACUAAAUAAGUUGCAGAAUAUAAAAAGUUCUGAAAAGCAAAUAGAGGACAUUGUUGAGUGUAAUGUAAUAAAUCCCUCUACAAGUAAAGAAAACAAUGAACAGGCUUCUGUACCAAAAAUAUCUGCAAUUUUUUCAUUAAAAGAUGAUCAAAAACCUUUAAAAAAUGUUGAAAAAAUAGAUCCUGAAGAGUCAGGAAAUAAGGCUGAACUUGAAAUUUUUGAAGAUUCAAUGGUUUUACAAAACAGUGAUGAUAAUGAAUCUAUAGAAGAAUUUGAUCCAGAUGAUCCUCCUUUUCAACCUGACAGUUCUGAUGUUGCAGAAUCUGAUGAUGAAGUAGAAAUGCCAAAUGCAAAAAGACGAUAUAUUCAACAGAAAGAAAAUAUGAAACAAUAUCCACAAUCAAUUUUUGUUUCAGAAAAUAAUAUAGUUUCAGAUAAUAAAAAUACAGAUUUUAAUCAGACAACAUAUAAUUAUGAUACGUGUUUAAGAACAUAUAUUAAAAUAGAGGAUACAGAAACUAAUAAUCAGUCCACUGAAUCACACAGCUUCAUUAAUUCUGAAAUUAUAGGUAAUACUGAAAGUACAAAAGAAUGUUCAAAACAACCAAACAUAUUAAAACGCAGGUUGUUAUUACAAACUAAAAAAGAAUUUACAGAAGAAACUGAUGAAAAUAUUUGUCAGUCUAAUAUUCCUGAUAAAAAUGGAAGUCAUAAAGACUUAAAAGUACAAAAAUUAGAUGUAAACAAUUCUUUAAAUAUUAACAGCAACCAAGAAGAUGGGAUCAUGUAUGUUACUGUAAAGGGAUCUAAACCAAAUGAAAUAUUGUUAGUAAAAGUUAAAAAAAUGGAUAAACCAUUGGAGAAAAAAGAUGAUAGGUCCACAGCAAAAAAGAAUUUUGACAUCAAACCAAUGGAUAAGGUGCUAAAACGGUAUGAAACAUUAGUUACAAAAGAAAAAGAUUUAUUUCCAGAACGAACGAAAAAAUCGGAAAUAAGAGAACAGAUUAUAGAAGAACAAAUAGAAGAAUAUAAAAAAAAGCGAGAAAAAGUGUUAGGUGGACAUGCUAAUAUUUCACUUCCUUUAAAAUUUGAAGAACCUCAAGCAUGUUAUUUUAAACGUAAUGAAUUUCAAGAUAAUCAAAGAUCUUUUGCACAUAUAGGAAAUGAUCCUGUUGUAAAGAUACACUUUGAUAAAGAUGAUAAUGAAUGUAAUGCAAAUAUUAAAAUUGAGAAUGACAUUUCAGAAAUUGUAGAACCAAUUAAGGAAAAAUUCAUUAAUGAAAAAGCAUAUGUAAAUACUGAAGAAUAUUUAUCGCGUUUAGCAAAACUUAAAUUAAAAUGGGAAGAAGCAAAAAAGAAGAAAGAGUCUCUUCAAAAAGAAUUGGAUGAAUCUUAUACAGAAGGAAAUAUUGAAAAAUUAGCAAGAAUUUUAGGAGAAAAAGAAAAGAACUUGCAAGACUUCCAAGAUUAUUUAAAACAACGUAAAAUUGUAAUUACAAGAUUAAAAGAUGAGGACAUUAUUUCUCUUUAUGAAGAUAGAAAUAAUGCAGUGCUUAAAAACAAUUUACCUGACUUAAUAGAUGAAAGUCAACCAGCAGACUAUAUUCCAGAGGAACAUUAUUUAGAAUGUGAUUAUUGUCCAGAAACAUUUGCUUCUAAAGAAGUCCUUGAAGAACAUUUGAAAAUGCAUGAUUAUAAAAUUAUGCAUUUUUGUGAAGAUUGUAUGGAAGAAUUUCCAACAAAUAAAGCAAAACGAAAUCAUAAUGUGAUUUGUAUAAAAAAAUUAUUAUGUAAAUAUUGUGACAUGAUGUUAGACUCAAAAGGUAAAAAACGUCAGCAUGAACAAAAACAUUGUGACAGUAUGUAUGGACAAUUAUGUGAUGUAUGUGGUGAAAAGUUUAAACAUCAAGGAACAUUAGAUCAACAUGUAAAAACACAACAUAUGAGUUGGGAGAAAAUAUAUCAAUGUCCGAAGUGUCCUAAGAAGUUUGCAUUUAAACAAAAACUUAGUUUUCAUUUGAAAUCUGUGCAUACAACACUAAGGGCCUAUUUGUGUGAGGACUGCGGAGCUGAUUUUAAAAAUCCUGCAAGUCUUAGACAUCAUAGAAUACGUAAACAUCAACCUGUAGGUAAUAAAAGAGAAUGUCCAGUUUGCCACAAAUUAGUACCAUUUUAUAGUCUAUCUAAACAUAUGCAUACACAUAAAGCAUAUACUAUUCAAUGUCCACACUGUGACAAAAUGUUUAAAAAUAGUUCAACUCUAAAACAACAUGUCAGAAUUCAUGAAGAUCAACGUCAAUAUCGAUGUGAUACUUGUGGUGUUGGAUUUAAUAGACGAGAUGGUUUAAGAUUACAUAUGAGAGUACAUGAGAAAACUGAUAGUAGAGGAUUAAAAGAAUGUUCUUGUCAAGUAUGUGGUGAAAAAUUUCCAAAUCACUCAACACUUGUUAUACAUAGAAAUCGAGUUCACAAGGAUGGUAGACAAUAUACGUGUCAUAUAUGUAACAGAUCAAUGAUUUCAACUAGAUCAUUAGAAUGGCAUAUGUCUCAUAUACACAAUGAAUCACUUCCUGGUGUAGUCAAGGAAGAUAUAGAUGGACCACCAGAAAAGAAGAGGGCAUCGUGUUAUCAUUGCAAUAAGACAUUCAAAACAGAAAUGAUUUUGAGAACGCAUAUUAAAAACACACAUAUGGAAAAAGAUCCUAUGAAAUGUUUAGAUUGUGAAUUAACAUUUACUUCUGAAGUAAGAUUAAGACAUCAUAUGAUGGUUACGCAUAAUAGAUUAGAAGGAACUUUACCAUGUCCACAUUGUCCAAAGAGGUUUGUAAAUCAACUCAGAUUAAAAACUCAUAUGAUAUCUCAUUCUGAAGAAAGACCAUACACUUGUGAAAUUUGUGGAUUUAAUUUAAAAACUAAAAUACAAUUGAUUAAGCAUCAUCAAAAUAGGCAUAGCGAUGAAAGACCUUUACAAUGUAGAUAUUGUCCUUGGAGAUGUAAACAAGUUAGUGCUCUUGUAUGUCAUGAAAGAACUCAUACAAAUGAACGACCAUAUUCUUGUAGUGUGUGUAGGCAACGUUUUAAAUACUUAGGUGAUAAGAAUAAACAUGAAAGGCGACAUGAGAGUUUGGGAGGAUCUGGAUUUAAAAGAAUAGUACUUGGUCGAAAUAUUAAAGCUAAAGUACAAGAAGAUUCUUCUUGCUCUGAGCAUGAACAAGAAGGAUUAACUAAUACGGAACCUCAAAUUCCUGAAAAUGAAUAUCAAGAACAAACAGAUCAACAAUUUGAGGAAGAACAGAUAGUUAAAUUUGAAGAAGAACAGAUAGUUAAAUUUGAAGAAGAACAGAUAGUUAAAUUUGAAGAACAAGAAAUAGCAGAGGAAUAUGAACAAGUAUAUGAACAGGAAUAUGAAGAAACAUCCAGAGAGGCUUCAGAUGCAGCGGAGGUUAUAAUGAAUAUGGAAGAUACAACAGUUUACACAGAAGAAGUGACUGCAGAUAAUAUUGAACCUACAGAAAUUAUGGCAGAUGAAAUGAUGACAAAUGAAAUAUUACAAUCAGGUGCUGUAGUUCACUUGCAACAAGAGGAUGAUUCAGGAAAAAUACAAGUGAUUCCAGUAAUGUUAUCUUUACCUGAUUUAACUGAUGCAAAUACAGAGGUCAAUUUAGCUACUGCAUCUAUUAUGUAUAAUAAUUGA